UGGAGGUGGUGAUUGACUGAGUGUGAAGUUCAAUCUCUCAGUCCCCGGAGCAGGAGCAGGUUAACGUCAGGAAGGAUUCGGACAGCGACAAAGCAAGUUUAGAUUUGAACUUGCUCAACACCUGCUUUUCGUGUCUUCAGGGAAGGCAGGAGUGCUGAUCCACAGAUCUGAUCUUUUCAGAAGCGUUUCGAUCCAUUGAAACAGUUAACCGUUUAUUCAGCAUUUUAAAGGUUUCCGGAUUCUCUUGAACAGGGAGUUCCCAUUACAAAGACACUUUCAAAUUAACUGCCCCAAUUGUAAGGUUCAAUUUGCCCCUGCCUCUUUCUCCUUCUCAGAGGGCACUCAGAUCCUCAGUGACUGGUGUGCUUUAGCCAGCAGGGAUGGCAGAAGCUCACCAGGCUGUGGCCUUUCAGUUCACUGUCACCCCCGAUGGCAUUGACUUACACCUGAGCCAUGAGGCUCUCAAACAGGUCUACCUGUCUGGCGUGCGCUCCUGGAAGAAGAGGAUCUGCCGAUACAGAAAUGGUAUCCUGACCGGGGUUUACCCAGCCAGCCCCUCCAGCUGGCUCUUUGUGGUGGUUGCAGUGAUUGCGACAACAUAUGCACGGAUGGAUCCUUCUCUGGGAAUGAUUGACAAGAUCAGAGAUCACCUUCCCACCAAUGGUUACCUGUCAAAUCAGACUGAAAGCAUCCUGAGUGCUUUGCUAUUUGGCACAGCUCUCUGGCUGGCCCUGGUCUUCACGAUGCGACAGACUCUCAAACUGCUGCUCUCCUAUCACGGCUGGAUGUUUAUCGAGUACGGAAAACCACCGCCCCAUGUCAAGCUCUGGAUGUUGCUGGUGAAGAUAUUCUCUGGCCGCAAGCCCCUGAUGAACAGUUUCCAGACAUCUCUUCCCCGACUGCCUGUGCCAUCGGUGAAGGACACCAUGAGGAGGUACCUGGAGUCAGUGCAGCCACUUCUGGAUGAGGAGAAAUUCAAGCGGAUGCAGGCACUCGCCCGGGACUUUGAGCUGAACACAGCGCCAAGGCUGCAGUGGUACCUGAAGCUGAAAUCAUGGUGGGCCACCAACUAUGUCAGUGAUUGGUGGGAGGAGUAUGUCUACUUGCGAGGACGUGGACCAAUCAUGGUGAACAGCAAUUACUAUGCAAUGGAUUAUUUGUACAUUGUUCCAACAACAAAGCAGGCAGCUCGAGCUGGGAAUACCAUUCACGCCAUGUUGCUGUACCGGCGGAAACUCGACCGAGAGGAGAUUCGCCCAACACUCUGCAGCACCUGAAGGACAGCAAACACAUAGCUGUCUACCACCGGGGACGAUUCUACAAGGUCUGGCUCUAUCACAACGGCAGGCUCCUCAAACCCUGUGAGAUCCAAACUCAGAUGCAGAAAAUCCUCGAUGACCAGUCACCAGCCCAGCCUGGGGAGGAGAAACUGGCAGCUCUGACUGCAGGAGACAGGGUCCCCUGGGCUAAAGCACGGAGGUCGUUCUUCAGCCAGGGCAAGAACAGAGUGUCGUUGGACACCAUCGAGAAAGCUGCUUUCUUUGUAACACUGGAUGACACCGAGCAGGGAUUCAGGAAGGAGAAUCCUGUGAAGUCCCUCGAUGAUUACGCCAAGUCUCUGCUUCACGGCAAGUGCUACGACAGGUGGUUUGAUAAAUCUAUAAGUUUUAUUAUUUUUAAAAAUGGGAAGAUUGGUCUGAAUGCUGAACACUCGUGGGCAGACGCUCCGAUCAUCGGGCACCUCUGGGAGUCGAUCCUGGCCACUGACCAAUUCCAGCUGGGAUACACGGAGGAGGGAAAUUGCAAGGGGGAAGCUAACAGCCAGAUUCCACUGCCCCAGCGCCUUCAGUGGGAGAUCAGUGAGCCGUGUCAGGAAGUGAUCACACAAUCUCUGAGUGUGGCGCAGCAACUGGCUGACGAUGUGGACUUCCACUCCUUCCCAUUCGACAACUUUGGCAAGGGUCUCAUCAAACGGUGCCGAAUCAGUCCUGACGCCUUUGUACAGAUGGCACUGCAGCUGGCACACUAUCGGGACAAAGGCUCCUUCUGUCUGACGUACGAAGCCUCCAUGACCCGGCUAUUCAGAGAGGGCCGCACCGAGACUGUUCGUUCCUGCAGCAUUCAGGCCACCAAGUUUGUACUGGCCAUGAUGGACCCAGCUCAGACGCGGGAACAGAAGUUGAAACUGUUCAAACAGGCAGCGGAGAAACAUCAGGAUCUGUACCGCCAUGCCAUGACAGGAGCUGGCAUUGAUCGGCACCUCUUCUGUCUUUACGUGGUGUCCAAAUACUUGGGGGUGGAGUCUCCAUUCUUGAAGGAGGUAUUGUCAGAGCCCUGGAAACUGUCCACCAGCCAGACCCCACACCAGCUGCUUGAACUCGUGGAUGUCAACAGAUUUCCCCAGUACGUGUCGAGCGGAGGGGGCUUUGGCCCGGUGGCUGAUGAUGGUUACGGAGUCUCGUACAUUAUGGUCGGAGAGACACUCAUUAACAUGCACAUCUCAUGUAAAUUCUCCAGUCCUGAGACAGAUUCUCAUCGCUUUGGUAAGCAUUUCCAACAAUCUAUGCUCGAUAUCCUGACCCUGUUCAACUUGAACAACAGGCCCAGCCAGUAACAUUAACCACAGCAGUGGCUACAGCUCACCCCAGAGCAACUUUCAGAAGUGUGGCACAGAACGAUUUGACGACUGGCAUCUUGGCAUCACUCUUCCCCUUUGCCACUCUUCCCUGAGCGGCCAUUCUGGGUGGAUUAUUUUGUCUGUCUUUGUAAUUUCAAAGACCACGAAGGCUGGACUGAACUGAGGAUGGUUGUGGGGGUGGGAAGUGAGGGGAAAACAGCCCUGCCCUCUUUUCGAGCUGGUGGGGUUGGGGUGCAAUUGUGUGGAGUCUCACCCGAGAUAGAUAGUGCACAGGGUAAGGGAAGUGCGGUCAAUGAGUCUUGUUUCCCAACCUCGCCCCCAUUGUCGUAAUUAAAGAGAGCUUCUUCACCUUG